CGAGUGUGGUUCCUACCGUCUCCUCGCCGGUGGGGGCGGGCGCCCUGAGGGUGUAUUUAUUACCUGAAGCGAUAAGGGACGAGCAGUCAGUUUGGCCCUUCUCUGUGCUGGCCGGAUUUGCUUGCAUUUGUCCCCAGCCACUGCUCAUGUAAUGCACUCCCUUAGCCAGGAAAUUAAAGCAUUCUCCCGGAAUAAUCUCAGGAAGCAAUGCACCAGGGUGACAACGCUAACUGGAAAGAAAAUUAUAGAAACAUGGAAAGAUGCCAGAAUCCAUGUUGUGGAAGAAGUAGAGCCGAGCGAGGGGGUUGGUUGUGGUUAUGUGCAGGACCUUAGCUCGGACCUGCAAGUUGGCGUUAUUAAGCCAUGGUUGCUUCUGGGGUCACAAGAUGCUGCUCAUGAUCUGGAUGUACUGAAAAAGCACAAGGUGACUCAUAUUCUCAAUGUUGCAUAUGGAGUUGAGAAUGCUUUCCUCAGUGAGUUUACAUAUAAAAGCAUUUCUAUAUUGGAUCUGCCUGAAACCAAUAUCCUGUCUUAUUUUCCAGAAUGUUUUGAAUUCAUUGAACAAGCAAAAAUGCAGGAUGGUGUGGUUCUUGUUCAUUGUAAUGCAGGGGUUUCCCGGGCUGCUGCAAUUGUAAUAGGCUUCCUGAUGAAUUCUGAAGAAAUUUCAUUUACUAGUGCUUUUACUAUGGUGAAAAAUGCAAGGCCUUCCAUAUGUCCAAAUUCUGGCUUCAUGGAGCAACUUCGUACAUACCAAGAAAGCAACAAAAGCAAUAAGUGUGACAAAAUACCACAAUUGGAAAGUGGCAACAGUUCAUGAGUUGCAUUCUAAAUGCAGACGAUAGACAGAUGUAAUAUCUGAAUUGGCCUUUGUAGCUGUCUUUUCCUCUUUAGGAGAAUAGACCAGUAACAUUUCCUUUUUUCUUGCUUUUUACAAGUGAAAAUGGAAAUCAAUUUUUUUUUUUUGUCCUGAGCUAGUAUAUGAAUAAACUUUUAAAUUUUUUUGCUUUUUCUGUUAUUAUAAUGUUUGGUAAGGUUAAUUACUAAGGGAAAAUAACAGUGAAUUAUGAAUCAUUGAUUUCUAUAGAAGAAAAAACUUCAAAUUUAAGAUCUAUAUUAUAGCAUGGAAAGAAUAAAUUAAUUAAUAAAACCUUUAAUAUAUUUCUAUUUCAUGAGUAAAAAAACUUGAAAUGCUACUUGACAUACUGUUUUAGGGAAAGGUAAAUUUUUGUAAAUAAUAUUUUUAAGAUUAAAAAUUAAUAACUUCAACCUCCCCAAAGAGUUCCAGAAUCGAAAGGUUAUACAACAUUUAUGUAGUGGUACCUAGGCUUGCCUGUAAUUCCAGGUAGGAAGAUUCCAAGUUUAAGGCCAACCUGGCCAACUUAGAGAUACCCUGUCUCAUAAAUAAAUACAUAAACAAAUAAAUAAAUAAAACAGGACUGGGGAUGCAGUUUAGUGGUAAAGAAAUGUCCCUGGGUUCAAUCCCCAGUACCAAACAACAACAAUUAUAUAGUAGUUACAAUAUUCACAAAAUUUUAAAAUCCUCCUAUGAUAUUAAUUACCACUUUUUGUUUUUUAAUUCUAUUACCUGCAUUUUUCAUUUUGAAUGUUCAUAUAGAUGUUUUCUCUUAUGAUGUUACAAUUCUUUAAGUAGAUGACAUAGUCUCUUAUGUUUUGUUUUUUGUUUUAGAUACCUAGUAUUCCGUUUUUGGGUCUUAUGUCAUAAUUUUUUUGAUCUUGGAUCUGUGGGAAAAUGUUUUGUACUAAAAGUUUAUUUUUUAGUUGUGAUUUGUACAAGAUCUGUUUGAUAGCUUAGUAUUCUGCAAGAAAAGAUGUUUUAAGGAAAGAAAAGUUAUGUUUUUUGUAAGAAAUUUUAAAUACAUUCUUAGGAGACCGACAGUUGUAUCUCUGGCCAGAGGCUUGAAUUGGUUCUUUUUUGUUUUUCUUUAAUGUUUCCAUAUUGACAAGAGUGAACAUUAUAAAUUUGCUUCAAGAUUUUGCAUUUAUUUUCAGCAUAAAUUAUGGUUAAAAUUAAAGUUAAGACAAUUUAGUAGAUUUCAAGUAUUCAUUUAUGACUUAGAAAAUAUGAUUGCCUUGUAGAUUUUAUUUUAAAAAGUCCUGAGCUUGUCUUAAAUACUGUAUACCCAAGUUGGAAAGUGCAUAUCAAACAAAUUUGUGCAUUUGGAAAGGCCUUUUUAUAUUGUCACAAGUAAAAACCAGAAGUGAUAAAUGCAAGUUGUGUCCUGAUAUUGCUUACAGUCUGACAAGUUGCCAUCAUAUGUAAUGCUUUGAACUCUUGCGCCUGUGAAGAAGCAGCUCAAAUAUAACUAACUUUCCAUGAGCUGUUUGAAGCCAACCAAACCAGGAAGAAUUACCCUAAGUAGGAGAUUGAUGUAGAAUGCGGUUUCUGGGAACAGUAUUGCUGGCUUAUCCUUCUCCAUUGACAUGAAAGCAUUCAUUUAAAUAUAUUUUCUUUUGCUGGGUGUUGCUGGUUUUAGCCAUUGAAUCUUGUCAGAUGAGGCUUGGGUAUAAUUUCUUCACAGUGGAUAGUAUGUCAUUUCUGUUGCCUGUAGUGAUCUGGUUAUACUUCAAACAUGUCUCCUCUAUAUCAUCUACUGAAGUUCUUUGAGCAUCAUUUUUUAUCUUAAUCUUAAGUGAUAGAAGUUUGUUGUAUCUGAAAUAGAUCAGUAGAUUGUUUGGUCUUUUAAAUUGGGGUGCUAUGUCAGGCAAUGAUGUGUUGCAGAUAUAGAAUGUUUACUAUACAUGGCAAUAAGUUACACUGUGAUACUUUGUAAGAAAGAAUGUUGUCAUUAUGAUCCUCUAUCACAUGUAUUAUAAAUUAAAGCAAACAUUUAUAUCAUAUAUGGGUCUAUUUUGAGGGAAGUGAAAAAAUUUCAUGGAGCUUUUAAACUCUAUUUGUUUUAAAAUAGAUUUUCCAACCUUUUUUAAAAAAAAGAAAAAGAAAAAACAAAGUUAUAAUUUCUUUAUUUUUUCAUUUACCUGAUCUAAAUUUAUGAUUACACAAAUGCUAUGCCUCUACUUCAUGUACAAACAGAGAAACAAGUUGUACCCCAUUUGUUUACAAAAAAAAAAGGAAAGAAAAUUAGAGGCAACAAAGAACUCUUCUAUUGGAGUAUUGUAAACAGGAAGAAAUGGGAAA